AUGGGUGAAUGGGGCUUCCUCGGGGGGCUCUUCGACAGCCUCCAGGUUCAUUCCCCAAUGCUUGGUCGUUUCUGGCUCCUACUCAUGCUUGUAUUUCGGAUUCUGAUCCUGGGGACAGUAGCCAGCGACCUGUUUGAGGACGAGCAAGAGGAGUUUGCCUGCAACACCCUCCAACCGGGCUGCAAACAGGUUUGCUACGAUAUGGCCUUCCCAAUCUCCCAGUACAGAUUCUGGGUGUUUCACAUCGUCCUCAUCGCAACACCGUCUCUAGUUUUUCUCAUGUACGCCAUGCAUCACAACAACAAAAAGGAGAUCCAGUCUAAAUUCAGCCAGAACAGCGGCCAGAUCUCCAGAGAUGAUCGUCAUUUCAGGAGGUUUUACAUUGUCAACGUGGCCUUCAGAAUGCUGGCGGAGGUUGGGUUUCUAGUGGGACAGUGGUAUCUGUAUGGCUUCAAGGUGGAGGCCCAGUUCCCCUGCAACCGCUUUCCUUGCCCCUACACGGUGGACUGCUUCACCUCCCGCCCGGCAGAGAAAACCAUCUUCCUCUGCUUCUAUUUCAUCAUAGGGGUGAUAGCAGCCAUGGCCAGCUGUGCAGAGCUUCUCUACAGCUCUGUGAAGUGGUUCUGCACAAAACAGAGGCCCCAUGACCUACCAAGAUACUGCAUUUGUGAGAACUCUCAGAACCUAAAGCAAGUUGAAGCAGCGAUGGAUGAAAAACCACAUGCAAAGCUAAUGUCAGGGAGUUUGCCCAGCAGUGUGAGGCUGAAGGGAGGAUCUGUGAGGAGCAGUGCCAGCAGGAAGGUCUCCAGCAUCGGACAUAAGCCUAGAGGCAAAUUUGUGAGCACCAAGACCCUCAUGGUGUGA